UGGUGGUAUGAAGUAUUUUAUGCCUAGUUCUGUUGAUGGAAGUCAAGUACCGUUUCAAAAUCAGUCAUUUGAUAGCUUAGAUAAGGCGUACAACUUUUACAGAGAGUAUGGGAGGCUAGGGGGUUUUGAUGUACGAAAAACAACGGAGAAGAGAGAUGCUGAUGGUACCAUAAUUUUGAAACAUUUUGUGUGUAGUAAGGAAGGUUUUGUUGAUGGAAGUCAUUCUGAAGGAAUUAGGCAAAGACGUACUGUGUCACGGAGGUGUGGAUGUAAAGCAAAAGUGGUCAUGAAAAUUAGGAGCCAGAACAGAUAUUAUAUUUUCAAUUUUGUUGAACUUCACAACCAUCCGCUUGCUAGUGAAAGUGGUAGACAGUUUCUGAGGUCUAGUAGAGAGAUGACAGUUAGUUUGCGAAAUUUUGUUUUUGAUGCUGCGAAGGUAAAUAUCGGCUGCAGCAAGGCAUUUAGCUUGGUCAAAGAGAUGACAGGUGGAUAUAGUAAUGUUGGGGCAACAUUACGUGAUUUCAGGAAUUUUAAUAGGGAUUUAAAAGAAUUUGUCGGUGAAAGGGAUGGACAGAUGCUGAUUGACAAGUUUAAAGUAUUACAGGAGACAUCAAAAUCAUUUUAUUUUGCUUAUGAACUUGAUGGUGACGGGCAUUUGACUAUGCUUUUCUGGGCUGAUCCAACUAGUAGGAGGAACUUUGAAAUAUACGGCGAUGCUGUGUCAUUUGAUGCCACUUUUGAUACUAACAAGUAUAAUAUGAUUUUUGCGCCUUUCACUGGUGUUGACAAACAUGAUAGAUGUGUCACAUUUGCUGCUUGUUUGUUAUCAAAAGAAGAUGUUGCUCAUUAUAAUUGGGCCUUUAAACAUUUUGUCAAGGCCAUGGGACGCAAUCCAGUGGUGUUUAUAACUGAUCAGUGCCCUGCAAUGAAGGUAUCUGUGCCGGCUUCAUUUUGUGGUGAUAAUGAUUUGGUUGCUAGCAAGCAUCGCCUAUGUAUGUGGCAUAUAAUGCAGAAAUUCCCUAUUAAGCUUGAGAAUCGUUUGUGUAAGGAAACAGACUUUAUGGAGAAAAUGAAAACUUACAUAUGGUCAUCGAAUUUGGAAAUUGAUGAGUUUGAAAGUGGAUGGAAAGCGGGACAGUCCUAUGUUUGGCUUGAUGAGGACAACUUCAAGGUCCGAAGUGAAAAUUUUUUCUUUUCACAGUUUCACAAGCAAGGUGAUACUUUAUGUGAGUUUUGGAUACGUUUUGAGAGUGCAAUGCAUAGGCAGCGGAAUGAAACAGAACGUUUAGACCAUGAGUCUAACUCAAGCAAACCAAACAUUUUAUCAAGAUGGUUCAUUGAAGAUGAUGCAGCUGAGCUAUUUACACGUUCAAUUUUUUACAAAGUUCAAGAAGAAAUUUUGGCAUCUUGCUUGGAUAUGCAAAUCAAGAGAAUGAGUGAAGAAGUUGAUGGGGUAACUCAUUUUGAAAUAAAGGAUGUCAAAGUUAAAGAUAAACUUUUUAAGGCAACUGUUAGCAAAUCACAUGCCGUAUGUUCAUGCAAACAAUUUGUUAUGUGUGGAAUUGUUUGUAGGCAUGCUUUCUGUGGCUUAAAGCAGAUUGGUGUCACAAAAUUUCCAAGGAGUCUCGUGCUUAAUCGUUGGAUGAAAGUUGCAGAAAGUGGCACUUCAUUGGAAUCUAAUGUUGUGUGUUCGGAUUAUUUUAAAAUGGAGCAAGUGUCGUUGAAGUUGACAAACUUAUGGUUUGAUUUUCGUCAGAUUCUUAGCAAAGCUGGAGUUGAAAUGGAUAAGCUUGACUAUGUUCACAAAAUCAUUAAGCAGAUAAGUAGUGAUUUUGAAAAGUAUGAUGGAGAUUCUGUUGAUUUUACUAAAAAGGAUCAUAUGGCAGCUAUGGUAGGUGAACAGCCGGUUGAAGAGGUUACCAUUCUUGCACCAACUGUUUCCAGGAUCAAGGGAAAUUAUUUCAAGCGUCUUGUGAGUGAUAGAGAGAAAGCAAUGACAAAAGCAAAUAAAAGAGUUCGAAGAUGUAAAGAAUGUUCGGCAACCACUCAUGAUUCGAGAACUUGUCCGAAGAAAAAGAAGGAUGGAGGAGCUGUAGUUUCGAAUAUGUUGUGA